AUGGUUCUAGAAGACUAUGGAGUAGUCGAUCACAAAGCUGAGUUUAGUUAUCUAUCUAGUGAUUUGAUUGAUACUGCAGGCUCUCCACCAGUGAGUAUCGCUAAUGAUCAUCAGCUCAAAAAUUUUGUUGGGUACUCUAGGAAUAAAACCUCGGUAAAUCUGUGUGUGACAUUCACCGCGUACGCUGGACAUCCUGAGAUUCCGAUUAACAUCGAAUUGAUGAAGAAAGCCUCUGAUUCAAGCUGUAUGAAAAACGAUCAGGUUGUGAAGUCAGGCGAUGAUGAUAUUAGAGGCAUUGGCCAUAAAGUGGAGGAAGAGUUUGAUGAACCCGUUAUGGUUGACAAAAAAGUUGACGGCGAGCAGAACAUUCGGCUUAACUUGCUUGAUGUCGUAAAGAAGGAUCAAAUUUUUAGAAGCAAAACAGAGUUGAAGGCUUCUUUUGAAAUUUCUGCGAUGAAGUAUAAUUUUGACUACAACGUACUGGAAUCAACCAAACGUGUGUGGUGUAUCCGCUGCAAAGAGAAGUCAUGCAACUGGCAUGUUUGUGCACAGUGUCUUGAGGGGUCAGAGUAUUUCAGAAUCAAUAAGUAUGUCGCUCAACAUACAUGCGCUCCUUCUAAUAAAGACGUAGUCGGUAGGACAGCUUCAGCAAAAACUAUUGGUAAUCUGAUUAAGAAUAAGUUUGAGGAUGCUAAUGCAGGGCCUAGCCCCAGAGAAAUAAUUCAUUUUAUUCGUACAGAGCAUGGAUGUGACAUCUCUUACGACAAUGCUUGGGAAGCACGUGAGUAUGCGAUUAGUAUUGUUCGAGGCAUUCCCAUGAAAAGCUAUGCCAAAAUUCCUAAAUAUUUGCACAUGCUGAAAGAAGCGAAUCCAGGGACCCAUACGCAGUAUGAAACUGACAUUACUGGACGUUUCAAGUUUCUGUUUCUCUCUUUCGGUCAAUCAGUACGAGGUUCUUACAAAGCUAUUCGCAGGGUGAUUGUUGUGGAUGGGACAUUUUUGAAAAACAAAUAUAAAGGAGUUUUGCUCGUUGCUACAGCAUUAGAUGGCAACUCGAACUUAUAUCCGAUCGCAUUUGGGGUUGUCGAUUCAGAGAACGACCUGUCUUGGGAGUGGUUUAUGAGGCAACUAAAAGUUGUCAUUACGGAUGAGGUGCGUUUGGCUUUUUUGUCAGAUAGAAAUGUUUCCGUAAUUAAAGCACUUGAGAAAGUGUACCCACAAUCUAGCCAUGGUAUCUGUAUCUACCACUUGCUGAAUAAUGUGAUAACAUUUUUCAAGACACAGGGUUUGAUUGGUUUGAUUGCGAAGGCUUCUAAAGAGUACAGAGUUUCUGCUUUUGAUACCAAGUUUGCUGCCAUUUGUUCUAAUAGUCCAGAUGUUGGGAAGUAUCUUCAGGACGCUGGAGUUGAGAAAUGGGCACGAUGCAAAUUCCCCGGAUUUAGGUACGAUGUUAGAACCACUAACCCAGCUGAGUCGAUAAAUAAUAAAUUGCUAACUCAUAGAGAGUACCCAGUUAUUCCUCUACUCGACAGCAUCAGAGAAAUGUUAACCAAUUGGUUUUAUGAGCGUAAAAAACUUAGCUCAAAGCAUCAGGUUCCUCUAACAGUUGAGGUUGAGACGAAGAUCGAGAGAAGGAUUGAUAAGGGUAAAACAUUCAUUGUUUACCCAGUUAGCCAGGAUCGAUUUUUGGUCAGAGGUGACAAAUAUGACUGUCUUGUUGAUUUGGGCAGAAGAACUUGUUCAUGUGGCAAGUACGACUUGCUUAAAAUUCCGUGUCGGCAUGCAAUUAAAGCAGCGUUUUCUGUGAACCAGCAGAUACACACUCUCACCGAUCAUUAUUACACUACUGAGGCAUGGAGAACAGCUGAUGAGGAAUGCAUUAAUCCAAUUGCAGGUCCUGAGGAUGAUUGGUGUGUCCCUGAUCAUGUUGAACAUGCCAACGUUGUAGAACCGGAAUCGCGACGAGCAGCUGAACGCAGGAAAAAACGAGGAUACAAAAGUGUGGAAGACAAGAUACGAGCGUCCCAAGGAUCACAACGGUCUAAUAAGCACAAGUGCAGUCGCUGUGGUAUCGAAGGACAUAAGAGAGGGACAUGUGACAUGCCAAUAUAG